AUGUAUGAUUGCAGAAAACUGAUAAUGUAGCAGUGGAAAUGGCAGAGGCUCAGAAGAAAAACGGAGACAUAAAUGGCCAGAUAGUACACGAGUUCUUGGAGUAUCAUCCAAGUGGAUGGCUCGAACAGACCCUUGACAGGAUGGGCAGUUCCACGGACGACUUCAUCAAGAAAAACAGUUCUGCUGUGAGGACUAUCUCGUUGUUUGUUUUAAACGGAUUGGUUUUUGGCUUCUUCUUCGGCUGUUUAUAUUACUGGUUGACUAUAAGUAAGGAGCCGCUAGAACUGUGCUUUGGUUUUGGCAGCCUCAUAGCCUUACUAAGCAUCAUCUACUUCUUCCUCAUCUACUUCCUGGUGAUGAAGAGGUUCUUUGGGGAGUGGUUCGAGAGAACAGUUUGGGAACCCACCGAGCGGGUGUUGACUGCAUUGUGGAAGCACUUGUGGUUCCGUUUGUUGGUCUUCAUUGUUGUUAUUGGAGCUAUAGCAUUGUUCCUUUACUUCGACACUAGGGACUCUCCUGAAAGACUGAUAUCAUUAUCGGGACUGGCUUUCUUGCUUCUUAUGGGUUUCCUGUUCUCAGCACACCCAGGGCGCAUUAACUACCGUAGCGUGAUUGUCGGUCUGCUGAUACAAUUCCUAUUUGGGGUUAUGUUCAUUCGAUGGGACACAGGCAGAUACGCGUUACAGUGUUUCUCUGAUAAGGUGGCAACAUUUUUGUCAUAUGGUGUAGAUGGCGCAUCAUUCGUGUUUGGUGAUCUGCUUGUUAGAACUGAACAAGUCUUCGCUUUCAGCACACUCCCCGUGAUAUUCUUCUUCAGCAUGCUGGUAGAAGUUCUUUUCUUCUGGGGUGCUUUGCAGUGGUUCUGUGUUAAACUUGGCCACUUGUUGAGAGUCGCUACUGGCACCACAGUUUGCGAGAGCGUCAUCGCCGUGGGCAAUAUAUUCUUGGGGAUGUCAGAAUCAGCUCUACUGAUAAAACCAUAUUUACCCUUGCUGACUCCAUCUGAAUUACACGUAGUUCUCUCAUCCGGUUUUGCGACUGUUUCCGGCACCAUCCUAGCCGCAUACAUAGGCUUCGGUGCAUCCCCCGCGCACCUAGUCACCGCUAGCGUCAUGUCCGCGCCCGCUGCGGUGUGCUACGCCAAACUCCUGCUGCCUGAAACGCGACGAUCGCUCACACGAGUCGAUAAUAUACAGCCGGUGGAAAGGCAGGACCAGUCAGCGCUAUCCGCUGCAACUCGUGGCGCGACCAAUGGGAUAUCUCUAAUCCUGAACAUAAUAGCGAACCUGGUGGCCUUUGUAGCUGCGAUCGCGUUUCUGAACGGAGUCAUUGGUUACUGCGGCGGUCUGCUCGGCCUACCCGAUCUGAAUCUGGAGUGGUUGUUGGGGAAGAUCUUCAUUCCCCUGUGCUGGAUGAUGGGAGUACCUUGGGAGGAAUGCGAAUAUGUCGGAUCACUGAUCGGUUUGAAAACAGUCGUCAACGAAUUCGUCGCAUACCAACGAAUGGGGGAGAUGAAGAGGGAGGGAUUGCUAUCUGCGAGAUCUGAACUGAUAGCUACGUACGCGCUAUGCGGCUUCACCAACCCGUCCUCAGCCGGCAUCAUGCUCGGCGCGAUCUCCGCCAUGGCGCCGCACCAGCGGGAGACGCUCUCCUCUUUGUUGGUCAGAGCGUUUUUCACGGGCUGCGGGAUUUGUUUUAUGACCGCUUCAAUCGCGGCUCUUCUGAUGCCUGAAGGUUCCUUUGUUUAAGGACAACAAAUGGACCAAAUCUAGUUAAAUAUUAUUUGAAUAGAGAAUGUAAAAAUAUUUCUUUUUUUAUUUGCGAAAUUUAUGUUUAAAAAAUCACACUGGAUUGAAGUCAAGUAUAACGAUUUUUUUUUCAAAAAAAAUCGCAAAUAAAAACAAGUUAUAUAUGCUACAAAGAGCUUAACAUUGUACUUAAUUUAUUCAUUAUCUACUUAUUUUAAUUUUUCAUAUAAAUGCCCAAGAAUUCAGACGGGA